GUACUCGAGAGCUUUUGCAGGAAGUUGGACGUUCAGAGACGCGUGGCUCGUGGUGGGGCGAGCAGAGGCUUGAAAGAGGGCGAAGGAGCAGCAGAGUCAAUCUCCCUCUGCAAGAGCUUCUAAUCUGGUUGCUAUGGAAAUAUAUGAACACAUAAAAAGAAGUUCAUUCUGAUAAUUCUGAUGCCUGAAAUGUAACUGGACUGAAGAGCAGAAAAGGAAAAAAAUCUAGUGCCAAUAUUAAUUACAAUGGCUACUGAUUCAGGGGAGCCAGCUAGCACAGAAGAUUCUGAGAAACCUGAUGGAGUUUCAUUGGAAAACAUAGUUCCUCAGAUUGCUGCAACUUUGACAGUGGAAACUCGACUGAAGGAAAAAAACAGUACUUUCUAUGCUUCUGGGGAAACUGUAGAAAGGAAGAGAUUUUUCCGAAAGAGUGUUGAGAUGACAGAAGAUGACAGAGUUGCUGAAUCUUCCCCCAAAGAUGAGAGAAUAAAGGCUGCAACAGAUUUUCCAAGAGUAGAUAAACUUCCUUCAAAUAUGCUAAGAGGUGGACAAGAAGUUAAAUACGAACAGUGUUCAAAGACAAUUUCAGAAUCCUCAAAAGAUUGUUUCAAGGAGAAAAAUGAAAAGGAAAUGGAAGAAGAAGCAGAAAUGAAGGCUGUAGCUACUUCUCCUAGUGGCAGAUUCCUGAAAUUUGACAUAGAGCUGGGAAGAGGAGCAUUUAAAACAGUAUAUAAAGGACUGGACACGGAAACAUGGGUUGAGGUUGCUUGGUGUGAGCUGCAGGACCGGAAGUUAACCAAAGCUGAGCAGCAAAGGUUCAAAGAAGAAGCAGAGAUGUUAAAGGGUCUACAGCAUCCCAAUAUAGUUCGAUUUUAUGAUUCCUGGGAGUCUAUAUUAAAAGGAAAGAAAUGUAUUGUAUUAGUGACUGAACUAAUGACAUCAGGAACCUUAAAGACGUACUUAAAACGAUUUAAAGUCAUGAAACCAAAGGUCUUAAGGAGCUGGUGCAGGCAAAUUUUAAAGGGGUUGCAGUUCUUGCACACUAGGACUCCUCCUAUUAUUCACCGGGAUCUGAAGUGUGACAAUAUUUUCAUCACGGGACCCACUGGAUCUGUGAAGAUUGGUGAUCUAGGACUAGCCACCUUAAUGCGUACAUCAUUUGCUAAGAGUGUUAUUGGAACUCCUGAGUUUAUGGCCCCAGAGAUGUAUGAAGAACACUAUGAUGAAUCUGUAGAUGUCUAUGCUUUUGGAAUGUGUAUGCUGGAAAUGGCCACUUCGGAGUACCCUUAUUCUGAGUGCCAGAAUGCAGCUCAAAUAUACCGUAAAGUAACUAGCGGCAUAAAACCAGCAAGUUUCAAUAAAGUCACUGAUCCUGAAGUGAAAGAAAUUAUUGAAGGAUGUAUUCGUCAAAACAAAUCCGAAAGGUUGUCUAUCAGAGAUCUACUAAACCACGCAUUUUUUGCUGAGGAUACAGGACUGAGAGUGGAAUUAGCAGAGGAAGAUGAUGGUUUAAAUUCAUCCUUGGCUUUAAGACUCUGGGUUGAAGACCCUAAAAAAUUGAAAGGCAAGCACAAAGACAAUGAAGCUAUUGAAUUCAGUUACAAUUUAGAAACAGAUACACCUGAGGAAGUAGCAUAUGAAAUGGUCAAGUCUGGUUUCUUCCAUGAAAGUGAUUCCAAAGCUGUUGCCAAGUCCAUUAGAGACCGUGUGACCCUCAUAAAGAAGACAAGGGAGAAGAAGCCAGCUGGCUGUUUGGAAGAACGCAGGGAUUCCCAGUGCAAGUCUGUGGGGAAUGUGCUCCCUCAGCACCAGAAUAUAAUUUUACCCCCUGCUUCUGCUCAGCAGACUGGGUCUGAAUGUGAAGAAACUGAAGUUGAUCAACAUGUUCGACAACAGCUUCUACAAAGAAAGCCACAGCAUCACUGCUCCUCUGUUACAGGUGACAAUUUGUCCGAGGCAGGAGCUGGAUCAGUUAUGCAUUCAGAUACUUCAAGUCAGCCCAGUAUAGCUUAUUCCUCAGACCAGAUAAUGGGCUCUCAAAUGAUUUCUAACAUUCUACAGGCCGAAAUAAAUGUUCCAGGGAAGAUUUAUCCACCUCCACAGCUAGGAGGACAUUACCAGCAAAUUUCAGGGUUGCAGAAGCAGCCAAAGCUGACUCAGCCCCAAAUUUUGCCUUUGGCUCAAGGUCAGUCUUCUGUUUUGCCUGUACAUGUCCUUGGGCCUCCAGUUGUUUCACAACCCCAGGUUUCCCCAGUAAGUGUCCAGAAGUUCUCACAGAUAAAGCCUGUAUCCCAGCCAGUUGGAGUUGAACAACAGUCAACUCUUCUAAAAUCGGAUUUAGUUCAUAGCUUGAAUCAUGAUGUAGCAGCUAUGAAGGAAAACACUAAUAGCCCUGAUAACCCAAGUGGAAAUGGCAAGCAAGAUCGGAUUAAACAGAGAAGAGCUUCUUGUCCCCGACCAGAGAAAGGGACUAAAUUCCAGCUUAUUGUUCUUCAGGUGUCGACCUCUGGAGACAACAUGGUGGAGUGUCAGCUAGAGACACACAAUAACAAGAUGGUCACCUUUAAGUUUGAUGUUGAUGGUGAUGCUCCAGAAGAUAUUGCAGACUAUAUGGUCGAAGAUAACUUUGUGCUGGAAAUUGAGAAAGAAAGAUUUGUAGAAGAAUUGAGGGCUGUCGUAGGUCAAGCCCAGGAGAUCCUUCAUGUCCACUCUGCUGCAGAAAGAGCCAUUGGAGUUGACUCUAUUACCGUGGAAUCCAGCAGUAACCAAACAGGAUCAUCUGAACAAGUACAGAUAAUUUCUGCAUCCACUCAAACCAGCAAUGAGUCUGCUCCUCAAUCAUCCCCAGUUGGUCGGUGGCGAUUCUGUAUCAAUCAAACAAUAAGAAAUCGUGAGGCUCAGUCUCCUCCUCUUCAGCAUUCUCUGUCUAUAGUUCCUGGGCUACAUCCACUUUAUAGUCAAAGAAACACAAGUAAUAAGGAAAUAUCACAAGACACACUGCCCACUAUAGAAAAUAAUCCAUGCCAGCGUGCACUUUUCACCUUUAAAUCAGAACACAAGGAUUUAGUUGAUGGUAAGAUUUCUGAAUGUGCUAGUGUAGAAAGUGAACAGCCAGCUAUACUUUAUCAAGUGGAAGAUGACAGGCAGAUAUUGGCACCAGUUACUAGUAGUUCCAAUUAUAGUACUUCUUCAGUUUGUGCUGUUCCAAUUGAAUGUGAGGGAUUCACCAACCAAGCAUGCAUAUUCCUGCCUGUAUAUUCGUAUCAUCAAGCUGCAAGUCAAGCUGAUAUACUUAUGACCCAUCCCGGAGAAUCAACUCAGAUUGCUGGUAACUCUCUUACAACUCCAGCAUUUACAUCUGAUCAAAAGCCUCAAUCCUUAUCGGUACAGCAGCCAACUAUGGAUGCAGAAUUUAUUUCCCAAGAAGGAGAAACCACAGUGAACACUGAAGCAAGUUCUCCUAAGACAGUCAUGCCCACUCAGACCUCAGGCCUUGAACCAACUACCUUUCUACCCACGACUGUCCUGGAAUCAGAUGGGGAAAGACCUCCAAAAAUGGAGUUUGCAGACAACCGAAUUAAAACUCUGGAUGAAAAAUUAAGAAACUUGCUCUAUCAGGAGCAUAGCAUAUCUAGCAGCUAUCCUGAGAGUCAGAAGGAUACCCAAAGCAUAGACUCUCCAUUUUCUUCCUCUGCUGAAGAUACACUGUCCUGUUCAGUGCCGGAAGUCAUAGCCAUCAGUCACUGUGGAAUUCAAGAUAGUCCUGCACAAUCCCCUAAUUUUCAGGAGAUAAGCUCUAAGAUUCUGUCCAAUGUGGCAGUGAGUCAGCCUGCUAACAUAUCAGUGUUCAAAAGGGACCUGAAUGUGAUAACUUCUGUACCCAGCGAAUUGUGUUUGCAUGAGAUGUCCCCCGAUGCUUUACUUCCAGGGGAUCCAGAGGCCUAUCCUGCUGCUGUGUCAAGCGGUGGAGCCAUUCAUCUGCACACAGGAGUGGAAACAGAAGAUAUGAAAUCAGCAGUUGCUCCUGAUCCCAUUCCUUUGACACGAGAGUCCAUAGCUGAUACUAGGGCUUUGAGUAGAUGUAAAGUGAUGAGUGGAUCAUUUCAGCGGGGUCGGUUCCAGGUGAUUACAGUUCCUCAGCAACAGUCGGUGAAAGUGACAUCUUUUGGAAUAGAGCACAUACCAGCUUUCAAUCAAAUGACAAACCAUUCUAAUGAAGAAACUCUAGUAUUUACUAAAACAGCAAAGUCUCAGUUGAUAGAAAUGGAACCUGCCGUGCAUAAUCCACAAACUUCAUUCUCUCUUCAGAAGUUACAAGCUCUUUAUGGAACCAUUAAAGAAGAUAAAGGAAUUCCCAAACAAGGUGACUUCUUAUCUUUCAGCACAGCUUGUGAGACUGGUAUAUCUUCUAUGACUCCAGAAAAGGAAUUGGAAGAACCUUCAGCCACAGGAAGUACUAUGCAGUCUGGAUCUGAACUGUUGCUUAAAGAGAGAGAGACACUGACUGUUGGGAAACUGCCUAGCUCUGAUAGUGAACUUCCAGCCCCUCUUGCUGGCAAUGAAAAGUCAGUGGCAAAGAUUGGUCCUGAGAGUGAUCAGUGCCAUGAAGAACAAGCCUAUGUUCAAACACAGAGCUCACUCUUCUAUUCGCCAUCUUCCCCAAUGAGCAGUGAUGAUGAGUCAGAAAUAGAGGACGAGGACUUGAAGGUGGAGCUUCAAAGAUUACGAGAAAAACACAUUCAGGAGGUGGUAAAUCUUCAAACCCAGCAGAAUAAGGAGCUGCAGGAGCUCUAUGAACGCCUUCGGUCAAUUAAAGAUAGUAAAACUCAAUCAUCGGAGAUUCCUCUGCCACCUGCAUCACCACGUCGACCGAGAUCUUUCAAAAGCAAACUUCGAAGCCACCCCCAGUCCUUGACACAUGUGGAUAAUAGCAUAGUUGGUACAGAUCCACUGUGUGUGGAGAAUAAUGCAGUAUCAUGCCAGCAGUCUUCAGCUAGUAAAAAAGGGAUGUUUACAGAUGACUUUCACAAGCUGGUAGAUGACUGGACCAAGGAAACAGUAGGAAAUUCUCUCAUUAAGCCAAGUUUAAACCAACUUAAACAGAGUCAACAGAAAUUAGAAACAGACAACUGGAACAAAGCAUAUGAAAAUACUCCAUCUACUAUGGGCUACACAUCAACAUGGAUUUCUUCUCUGUCCCAAAUCCGUGGAGCUGUCCCAACUUCCUUACCACAAGGACUCUCACUCCCUUCAUUUCCUGGGCCAUUAUCAUCAUAUGGAAUGCCCCAUGUUUGUCAGUAUAAUGCUGUUGGGGGGACAGGGUAUCCAGUACAGUGGGUAGGAAUUUCAGGAACAACAACACAGCCUGUAGUAAUUCCUACCCAAUCUGUGGGACCAUUUCAGCCGGGGGUGAAUUUGCAGGCAUUUAUAGCUUCAUCAGGGCAGAAUCCAGCCACAGUCCCUCCUGGUCCCAAAUGAAUCAGAGUAGAUAAUGAAGAAGAGGGAGAUUUUUUUCAGAAUUAUUUUCAGAACACCUAAGAUAUUAAAGUUUCUUCUUGGGUUCUGCCAGGUUUUCCCCCAUUUGAGUUUACUUUCAACUGUUUCUUCUGUUCCACUGUAGUAUUUGAUACAGCUCAUCAUUCUGUAGAAAUGUGCGGUUUGUACAUAGAACACUGCACACAGGAAUGAUUGUUGACUUCAAAUCCUAUCCUCUUUGAUACUUGAUUUUUUAAAAAUACUGUUCAGAAUGCUUUAAUAAGCUUGGUUUGAGCAUUACCAUUUCCAGGACAAUUUCCAUGCAUUGCUGAGAAACCCUAUUUUUUACUGCUGCUAUCUGCAGCUGGACGAUGCUUUUCUUUAAAGUGUAUAAAGAUUAUUUAAAUUGAUUCUCCCCAAACAUGGAUGAAGUGAGACCCUCCAACAGCUGGAGUCUUAUGAGAUUCUUCACAUGUUUAUCUUAGGUUUACCUUUCACAGUAGGCAGAGUAACUUGCUGCAGGGAACUUUUUUGUAUAAAAUUAUAAUAACUUUGUCAACCAAUAGAGAACAUCAGCCCUUUUUAAUGUGAUUUUCUUCCUGUCAUCACAGCAGUAGGAGUGAAUCCUUGUUUUGGGUGAGACGGAGGGAAAGGAAAAAACAGAGAACUGUAGCAGUUCCUUGAUUCUGCAGAUACUUUAGCUGCUUUAAGAUUUCAGUAGUAAUUCAAAGCAUCUCUGAGUAAAGCAGCUAUCUCCUUGUUUCUCACAUGCACUUUACAUUGUUUUUGAGCA